AGAGAAAAGCCUAUUAUUAGUGCAAUAUUUCACCCUGGUCAAGCGGCUCCCAACCAUUAUCCAGAACACUUUAUCCUUUCCGCAAUAUGGCUCUCGAAGACCUGGCACAAGCCUUGGCGAGCUCCUUGGAACAGGCAAAGCUGGUCCCUGGUUCCGCCGCAAGCAUCAUUCCACAAGAUUUCAAGCCCACAACCGAGCUGAGUGUGAAAUUUAAUAGAAGAUCCCUCGAAUUAGGCAACUUGUUCCGCUCUAGCGAAUGCAAAUCAGCUCCGAGUAUUAGCUUCAGCGCAGAGGUUGGUGCUACGUCGCAAGCAUCGUACCUGCUCCUCCUCGUUGACCCUGACGCACCAACACCCGAUGAUCCAAAGUUCGCCUUCUGGCGUCACUGGGUUCUUCCCGGGCUGCAAGUUGCUGGUGGAGAAGUUCAAACAGCCACCCAGACUAAGGAUGCCUUGACCGAGUAUCUCGGGCCAGGCCCAAAGGACGACUCGAAACCUCAUCGAUACCUAUUCCUACUCUUCCGAGAGCCUGUUGGCCUCAGCCUGGCCAAAGAGGAUGUAGGUGGUGAGGAAUUUGUACAGAGACGAUCCUUCGAACCUGCGACGUUCAUUGAGAAAAAUCAGCUGCAGCUUGUCGGACUGAACUGGAUGCUUGGAGCUGGCGAUGGAUGGAAAGAGUGA